CCAGAUUCUCCACCCCCUACAUCGGGGGUAAUUCCGUCACUUCGUAUCCCGUGAAUAUAGAUCCACUCUAAAAAUGCCUAAAUACACUCGCAAUCAUUGUUAUUAACAUUUAUUUUCUGCUUCGCUUCAAACUCACGUUUCCGAUUCUCCAAUCAAAUUUUUUUCUCUGCUAAGCCAACGACAAUGCAGUUUCUGCCCACUAUUAAAGUUUUUACGGACGGCACCGCCGGCGCCAGGACAUUCUUGCCUGUCCGGAGCUCCAAUUUCGGGGGAAGAAACUGGCUCAAUUUUGGGGAUUCUGCUAGGAAUUGUAGGCUUGUAGCAUGUUCCGUUGAGAGUAAUGGGAAUGGCGGAGGAGGAGGAGGAGGAGGGAGUUCGAGCUCCAGCUCGAGUGGCAUGGGUUCGGAUUAUAGGACGAGUUCGUUUUUAUCUAGGACUCAAACUUAUGCUAUGUUGAAACAGCAAAUGGAAGUCGCUGCCAAAUCUGAGGACUACGAAGAAGCUGCCAGAAUUCGUGAUUCAUUGAAAUCCUUUGAGGAAGAGGAGCCAGUUCUGAGACUUCGCAGGUUGCUCAAGGAUGCCAUCAAUGAGGAGCGGUUUGAGGAUGCUGUUAGGUAUCGAGAUGAACUAAAGGAAAUUGCACCGCAUUCCCUCUUGAAAUGUUCAAGCGAUGCAACAACCUUGGGGAUCAGAGUUCAGGUUAGGAGUGUAUACAUUGAGGGCCGAAGUCAGCCUUCAAAGGGUCAAUAUUUCUUUGCAUAUAGAAUAAGGAUCACCAAUAAUUCAGAUCGUCCUGUUCAGCUUCUCAGAAGACAUUGGAUUAUCACAGAUGCCAAUGGAAAAACUGAAAAUGUUUGGGGGACUGGAGUUAUAGGUGAACAACCAGUUAUACUUCCUAGGACGGGUUUUGAAUACUCGUCUGCUUGCCCAUUACCUACCCCAAAUGGCAGAAUGGAAGGUGAUUUUGAGAUGAAACACAUCGAUAGAGUAGGCUCACCAAAUUUCAAUGUGGCUAUUGCACCAUUUUCUCUGUCAUUGCUAGGAGAUGAAAGUGAACCUUUCUGAACUGUGAGCUGCCAUUAUGCAGAGGCAGAGGAACUGCAUCUGUUCCAUGCCAUGUGCCAUUUGUCAAAUUGAGUGUUUUAAUAAUAAUAAUAAUAAAAAACUGUAAAGUAGCUUUAUAGCUUUCGUACAGAUGCAAGGCCAUCCCUUUUUGUUGGGGAAUAUAGCUAAUAUGCUCAUAAUUUGUGUAGAAGGUUAUAAGUUCCCAUAGUUGUAUUUAUAUGUAGUGAUCUCGGGGAAGAAAUCCGUUGGCCAGAGAUGAUGAAAUAUAUGUCAAUAGAGAUUUGUUUGUGAUUUGUAUCACAUUCUACCCAUGUAGGCACUUAAAUUGCUAGGAUUAUAACAGUUGCAAGGUUGUUUAUGAGGUCUAAUUUCAUGAGUUGUGAAUGGUACGGUUUAUCUUUCCUGUAAUAAAGUUGUUAACUCUGUAAUUUAUUCAAUUAAGACAGCAUUCUUCUCUGGUUUUUGAGA